CACGCGCGUCUCAUUUCCAUACCGAGGAUCCCACGGCUAGCACCGCCCACUCUCCCCUCUGAUUGGUCUACACGUGUCAACAAACCUGAAGCUAUUUAGAAUCUGUGCUGCUAUUGGCUGCCGGCGCAGUCACUCUAACAGAGUCACUCUAUAAGCCGCGCGGCUCGAGCGGCGGCUCUGACAAACCUGAGAUGAACCUCCACGGAGCGGCGGAGUGAUUUCUAUUUAGGAAUUUAAAAAACAUUCACUCUAAUUUAUUGUUAUUAAUAAAUCUUAAUGUAUUUUCGUUACUGGAUUUAUUAAUUAUAUUGAAUAUAUUUUUUUUGUGUUUAUUUUUGAAGCUAUUAGCUUGUUUUUUCAAUAUGUUUUUAAUUCCGCGGAGGUGUCACCGGGAGUGAGUUUGGCAAAAUGCGCCGCUGGGAAACGACUUUCACCCGCAAGGCUUAUGGAAUAUAGCCUGCUUUGUCACAGUCUGUAUGCCUUCUGGUCCAGCCCAGUGAAGAAGAAACUUGUCGUGCUCGGCAUCAUGUUUUUAGUCUGGGUCUACAUGCUGUACUCGUGCGUGGGCUACUGCUCCACCAUGCCAAGUGUGGCGGCGGGCAAGGAGACCGGCUCGGCGGUGAGCAGGAGGACGGAGAGCGGCGGCGGUGGAGCGGACCUCGUCUCCCGGCUGCUUGCUAAACCGCAGCCGUGGGAGGAUGUGGAGAGCGACUACGAGGAGCCGUCCGUGAGGACCGCCGCGUCCCGGGACCUGCUCAACAACGAGGCGGAGCGGCUGGAAGACUGGGAGGAGGAGAUGCGCGCCGGGGAGCAGAGAGCCCCGGACCCCAGCGCCAUGUCCAGCUUCUCCAACGGCUCCGGGAGCAAGAAGCUGCCGCAGGCGAUCAUCAUCGGGGUGAAGAAGGGAGGCACCCGGGCUCUGCUGGAGUUCCUGCGGGUUCAUCCCGACAUCAGGGCCGUGGGGGCCGAGCCGCACUUUUUCGACCGCAACUAUGAGAAUGGACUGGAGUGGUACAGGGAGCUGAUGCCGAAGACCCUGGAGGGCCAGAUCACCAUGGAGAAAACCCCCAGCUACUUUGUGACCAGAGAGGCUCCAGCGCGGAUAUCAGCCAUGUCCAGGGACACCAAGUUAAUCGUGGUGGUACGGGACCCCGUCACGAGAGCCAUCUCUGACUACACACAGACGCUGUCCAAGAAGCCUGACAUUCCCUCUUUCGAGAGCCUCACCUUCAAAAACAGGACUACAGGGCUCAUUGACACCUCCUGGAGCGCCAUCCAGAUCGGGAUCUACGCCAAACACCUGGACAACUGGCUGCAGUACUUCCCCAUGGACCAGAUCCUUUUCGUCAGCGGCGAGCGUUUGAUCAGCGACCCGGCUGGAGAACUGGGCCGCGUUCAGGACUUCUUAGGCCUCAAGAGGAUCAUCACAGACAAACACUUCUACUUCAACCAGACCAAGGGUUUCCCGUGCCUCAAGAAAGCAGAAGGCAGCAGCAAGCCGCACUGCCUGGGGAAGACCAAAGGACGGACCCAUCCCAACAUUGAUCCGGAGGUGGUGCAGAGGCUGCGGGACUUCUACAGACCCUUCAAUAUGAAGUUCUAUCAGAUGACGGGACAUCAUUUUGGUUGGGAUUGACGUAGAAGUCUCGAAACCCAUUUUUUUUGUUUAAGUUGUAGAUUUUUAUUUCUCUGUAAUUCGAAGGCGAGAUGUGGCGGUAUUGGUAUAUAUAUAUAUGUAAAAUGUACAGAAAUCUAUUUUAUAAUAAUUUAUUUUUUAUUUUUAAGCAAUUAAUUCACAGAGCUGCCUAACCAUAUUUGUACAUAACAUUUAACCCACAUUUGUUUUUAACAUUCCUCAUCUUGAUCCAGAUAAUCAACAACGGCAGAAGUCAAAGCCGAACUGGAAAUAAAAAAAAAAAAAAGCACUGAAGUAUGAGUGCUUCCAGAGAAGUGUACAACAUCAACCCAUCCUCAUUUACAUUUGCAUCAUAACUGUCAUUUUUUGAAAUAUUUUUCUUUCACAGUCCAGCUUUGAUACCCCAUCAUCAGCCUGAGCAGCACUUCUUAUGUCCCAUUUCGCUCAAUAAGGGCUUGAUCAAUAGGCCUAAUUGAUACUCAUUGUGUCACUCAUGCUUAAAGUACACAGCUGCCCUUUUCCUUCUCAGUGCUCCCGCUGCCCCCUCUAAUGAAUGAAGCAUCCAUCAAACGUUGAAUCCCAUCUCGGACCACGUAAGAGCCCAUGUUAACAUUAUGCUAAUCGGUGAAAGGUAACUGGCAGAUCGAUCGAGCCUUCGCAUUCAGGCGCCGCGCUGGCUCCCAGCCAGGCUCCUGCCCUGUUCACCCCACUCAAAGGUCGCAGAAAGUCUCAGUCAAAUUUCCUUGAGAGGGAUUUGAUUUGUUGGGAACAGAGCUGGAGCUCAGCGAUGGUGUGUUUCGCAGUGAAGCUACGUUCACACGGCAUUCUAGUGAAAAGCCCAUGUAUCUGCAUUGUGGGCUUCCGCGUUCAAAACUCGCAAUGGAAGUUUUUACGACAGUUUUCAACCUUUACGUACAAGACGCAUUGAAUACGUGUUUAAAAGUUGAAUUUUGACCAAUCACGGACUUGGAUUGGGACUUCAUUGGGACUCAAUAACUCAAUAAUGCCAGUUUGUGCCCGGACGAAAUUAUGUGACAAGUCUAUCAAAUAUAUGACUAGAACUAUGAAAGAAAAAGCCUGGAGCAACAAGAGUUGCACCACUUUGACAAUUCAUAUUAAGCCUCUUCCAACUAUAGGUGGCAAACAUGCACUAAAAAUAGAAGAAGAAGAAGCCCCUCCCUGCCUUUGCAGUGUGAACACCACGGGCUAAACGGUGUUCUUGAAGCUGCCUUUAGUAUAUUCAAGAACGUACGCCACAGCGCUGGUGUGAAGGUAGCUUAACCCUAGAACACUUUCGUUAUAAAAAGUUACAACAUCACUUUUGCUGGGUAAUUUUACCUGAUAUCAUAUACCCAAUAAAAAGUAUUUGCCAUAAAAAAUAGAUCAAAAUAUGGCAACACAUCAUAAAUUAGAGAAGUUUAAUUUUAUUUUCAACUGUGGUUUAUGCAACAAAAUAGAAAGUAAAAGCUUAGGAAGGUCCUGAAAACAUGCUUGAAAAGUAGGAAUUUGAGAACAAAAAAAUUCAUUAAAAAAUAAAAAAAAUUCUGGAGACUUGGUCUUUGGUCCACCCAUUCCUGGGAUGUGAGACUUUACCCAGGGACCAAAGACACUCAGAAAAAUACAACAUAUUGAAAAUCACCCGGCAAUACUGUUCAAGGGUUAACUUUUUGUCAGAGGCAAAGGAUGUCAACCCCAAAAAUGUUUCAAGGAAUAAGAUUUAAAGUCCCGUUACCUUGUCCCAACUUCAAGACAACACUCGGAUGAAUAAGAACCUUCAUUGGCCUCAAAAAUUAGCAUAAAGAAGCAAAAAGAUUUCACCUUAAUAAAAUGGAGCUUCUCAGUCCACCCAAACCUGUCUAAUAUUGUAGUCUGUAGAAAUUAAAGAAAAAAACAAAAGUUUUUUUUAACUCUCAGAUCUCUUCAUAAAUAGCCCUAAGCUGGAUUUAGCCAACUAUAAGUCCUCAUUCAUGGCUUUUAUCAUUUAUGCCUUACUCAUCCUCACCACAUUCACCUUUCAACCACAGAUUUCAAAUCUCUGCUUUUUGCCAAAAAGAAAUUAACUAAGGUGUCUCAUGUUCCAACAGAUCGAACUCCAUACUUUCCUGUCUUUCCUGCGACCUGUAAUUGCUUUUCUCGUUUUUGUACUUGAAUUCUCGAUAUGCAGGAGGGACGGUAUGCGGACCGUCGCGCUUUGACGUCCAACGUCUCUGCGGUGAGCGGAAAACCCACUAACAAAAGCACAGAACAGAAGUUCUGUGUGACACUGUGCUAUGCAUGAUCUGCGGGGUGGCCAUUACAUGAACGCAGGCAGCAUAAUGGCAAGAGGAUUAUCAACAUCCAGAGAUGUGUUGACGCAGAAUGUAAAUGAAGCUUGCAGAGGGUGAUCUAUAAAACUGUGACUAGUUUUCCUAAAGUAAAAAAAAAAUGCUGUGCCUCUUUACCAGCUCAACAUAAUUAGCCGGUUCGUGUCAUAAAAGAUAGAUAAAGAGCAAUCCUAUUUUUCUUGCUUUCAAGUUGGAAUGAACUGCCUGAUUAAACUUCAAUUUAACAGUUGUCAGCAGGGAGAUGGAGGCAGUCCAACUUUUCUUUUAAUGUGUGAUUCUUUGCUGAGAUUUCUGGAAAGAAAAAGCCUUUAUCUUCCUGCCUCUCUCCUUUGUGCAAUGCUUGAUUUGAAAUGGCAUUUAUUGGUGACCUCUUUUAUCAAGUUUUUACAUUCUAAAGGAUUUUUUUUAAUUUUAUGGGACGACUGCAUUUGAAUUCUGGUCAUAUUUCCAAGAGAAUUGUCAAAAAUUCAAAAAAUUGUUGCACACAUGGAUCGUUCUAUGAUGCUGCUCUGGCUAUGGUUGAGUUUUAUUCAACCUGUUCUGAGAACUCGUGUGUUUUCUUGUCUUAUCCACAUAUGACACGGAUACAAGCUGAUCUGUAUAUACAAAACUGGGAAAAACGUGUAAAUCAAGUAUUUUGUGGUAUGUACAUCAAAGUAAUUAAUUUUACACUGUUCAAGAGAAAAAAGGGUACAGAUGUUUCUGGAUGAAUAAAUAUUGAGCAUUCAUAAGAUUUCUUUGUAAGAGGAAAUAAAUAAAUACAUAUAUAUUUUACCAAUA